UUUCUAGCCUAAGUCGUUAAACCCCGCGGGAUUAUCCCAGCGUAGGAUUAGUGGCAUGAUAUUAGUUCUUGUAUAUAUGUCCAUCGUAUUUGAGAACUCGUGAGCUGAAAUACUACAGCUUCAUCUACAGCCAACACGAUAUAACCUCAUCUAGCCUCAUCUCAUCGCAUAGUUACAUCUAAUAUUCACUAAUACAAUCAAACUCAUCAUUGCAAGGACAGAAGAAAAGGAGUAACCCAUAAUGACCGACUUAUCUUCUGUUAUCAAACAGGCCUUCUUCUCUGGAAAGCCAACCUUCACUGAGAAGGAUGUCCCGGAUCUGACUAACAAGGUCACCAUCGUCACGGGAUCUAACACUGGCAUCGGCAAGGAGAUCGCUCGAAUUCUCUACUCCAAGAAUGCUAAGGUUUACCUAAUGGCACGAUCCGAAGAGAAGACGAAUAAUGCCAUCGACAGCAUCAAGGCCGCUACUCCCGGGUCUAAAGGCGAAUUGGCAUACAUCCGCCUCGACCUAGCUGAUAUCCCGAGCAUCAAGACGACGGUUGAGGAGUUCCUUAGCAGAGAGCAAAAGCUCGAUAUCCUUUUCAACAACGCCGGUGUCGCCUACCCGGAGAAGGGAGCCAAGACGAAGCAGGGCUACGAACUCCAGCUCGGCGUGAACUGUCUCGGCACAUUUGCCCUGACACAACUCCUGACGCCGAUCCUAGUAUCAACAGCCAAGGUAGCGCCUCCCAACAGCGUUCGCGCAAUCUGGCUAUCGUCCUCAGCCGCCCUGAGCAUAGACCCCAAGGUCUUCCUAAAGGGCGUGCACAGCAUCGAUAAGCAAGGAGAGAUGGACAAGUACUUCAUCAGCAAGCUCGGGAACUACUUGCACGCGGCCGAGUACGCAAAGCGCCACAAGGCAGAUGGUGUACUAACCGCCUCGUUGAAUCCCGGAAACCUCGACUCGGACUUGUGGCGCACUCAGGGGUCUAUCACAACUUUCUUCCUUCGGAAGCUGGUUUUCUACCCCGUUGUUUAUGGCGCGUACACGGCUCUUUAUGCCGGGCUCUCGCCUCAUAUCACCUCUGACAACUCUGGCGCCUUCGUUGCCCCGUGGGGAAGGAUCUGGAAUAUCUCGAAAGGGAUGUCUGACGCAUCGAAGAGGAAGUCUGAAGGCGGUAGUGGAAUCGGGGAGGAAUUCUGGCAGUGGAGCGAAGAGCAGGUUAACAAGUAUCUCUGAUUGAUGUUUAAGGGUCUGCGCUUGGGUUAAUUUGGCAUUGGGCAUUGGGAAAGGAGAUGUAAGGGAUAUUGGGAUGCGUUCUAGGUUUCUCUUGUGCUUGGACUGCUAUAGUUUUAUUCCUAGUUUAUAUGGAUUAUACCUUUUGUCGAUAGUCAUUUCAUUAUGUUGAAGGAUAGCCUUAGCGGGUACUUACUCCCAUCAAAUCCGAACUUAGCCCUCGAAAUUCCCAAGACUUCGGCUCCGUAGCCUCGAAGGUAGAGGACUCCAUCUUUACGGCUGAAUACGUAGAAUCUUAUACCCCCCUAUCUCCAAC